AUGCACGAUCGAUCCCGACUUCCGGAUAAGAUAUAUAAUGUACAUUACAAGAAUGAUAUACGUUACACUAUGCAGCUAUGCCGUUGGAUUCUGAAACCAAUCGGCAUCUGGCAUCUCGUUUACGACCGUUCGUCGCAAUAUGAGAAACUGAUUUCGGCAACGCUGAUCUUCGCAUGCUUUUCCGUCUUGUGUUUCGUGCUCGUACCUUCCGGUCCAUACACUUUACUUCGCGAGAAAGAUAUCAAUGUUAAGCUUAAACUCUUCGGUCCGGUUGGCUUCUGCCUGACUUCCGCGAUAAAGUAUUGCUUUCUCGGAAUGCGCGGUACGGCGAUUGGAAAGUGCAUCAAGCAUGUCGAACAUGACUGGCAGGUGAUUCAAUAUCAAGAUCAUCGCAAAAUGAUGCUGAGGAACGUACUAGUGGGCCGCAGACUCACCACAUUGUGCGUGAUUUUUCUUUACACCGGUGGAAUGUCUUAUCAUACAAUUAUGCCGCUGUCAUCUAGAAUGAAAGCGAACGAUAACUACACGAAUAGACCAUUGGUUUAUCCCGGCUACGAUAUUUACUUCGAUCCUCAGGCAAGUCCCGUUUACGAGAUCGUCUUUUGCUUACAUUGCCUAUCCGCUAUUAUUCAGUACAGCAUCACGACGGCGGUGUGUAGUUUGGCAGCGAUUUUUGCGACGCACGCUUGCGGACAGGUGCAGAUAUUGAUGACGCUGUUGGACGAUCUGGUAGAUGGUAAAAAAAAUAAGAACACUACCGUGGACAAACGUCUGACUUUAAUAACGAGGCAUCACGUGCGCGUGCUGAGAUUUACGGCCGAUGUGGAGGAAGUGUUACAUGAAAUAUGCUUGAUGGAACUGGUAGCUGCAACAUUGAUUAUAUGCUUACUCGAGUACUAUUGCAUGAUGGAAUGGGAAAAUAGCGACGCCGUGGCAAUCUUUACAUAUUUUAUUCUACUGAUAUCUUUAACGUUCAAUAUUCUAAUAUUUUGUUAUAUCGGCGAGCUCAUUGUGGAAGAGUAUAGCAAAAUUGCUUCAGCCGCGUAUGAAGUUAAUUGGUACGACUUACCUGGUCAUAAAGCUCUCGAUCUCGUAUUGAUCAUCACGAUAUCUCAUUAUCCACCCAAGCUUACGGCUGGCAAGUUCUGCGAUUUAUCCCUCAAUACUUUUAGCACUGUACUUAAAACGUCCGUAGUGUAUUUAAAUUUGCUUCGGACAGUUACGCAAUAA